AGUUCCGUUCAUACCGUUUGGACGAAUCGCAUCACGCACAAUUACAAUAUGUCCACAACUGUAGUUCUCGGCUCGCAGUUUGGCGACGAGGGCAAGGGCAAGCUCGUCGACCUGCUGUCUGAAAAGUUCAAGAUCACCGCUCGCUCUGCCGGAGGUCACAACGCCGGCCACACUAUCGUUGUCAACGGUGUCACGUACGACUUCCACAUCCUCCCCUCAGGUCUGGUCAACCCCGAGACCGUCAACCUCGUCGGCUCCGGUACCGUCGUCAGCGUCCCCCAGUUCUUCCACGAGCUCCAGCAGCUGGAGAAGCACAACCUCGACUACAAGGAGCGCAUCUUCAUCAGCGACCGCGCCCACGCUCUCUUCAGGCUCCACUCGCUCGUCGAUGGUCUCGAGGAGAUUGAGCUCGGCAGAGGUGCUGUCGGCACUACCAAGAAGGGUAUCGGCCCGUGCUACCAGACCAAGGCCGCUCGCUCUGGUAUCAGAGUCGGCGAGAUCUUUGACAAGGAGCUCAUGGACAAGAAACUGAGAACCAUGGCCACUGCUUACCAGAAGCGUUACGGAGACUUGCUGAAAUACGACGUCGAGGCCGAGAUCAAGGAAUACGACGACUGGCGCCCUCGUCUCGCCGAGUAUGUCAUUGACCAGGUCCCCAUGAUCCAGCAGGCCGAGGCUAGCAACACCCCCAUGCUCGUCGAGGGAGCCAACGCUCUUCUCCUCGAUGUUGACUGGGGAACCUAUCCCAUGGUUACCUCCUCAAACACUGGCAUUGGUGGUGUCUUCACUGGUCUUGCCCUCUCCCCCUUCAAGCUGAAGGAGGUCAUUGGUGUCGUAAAGGCCUACCAGACCAGAGUCGGUGGUGGUCCUUUCCCCACCGAACAGGAGAACGAGAUCGGCGAGAAGCUCCAGCGUAUUGGCCGUGAGGUUGGCGUCACAACUGGUCGCCGUCGUCGCUGCGGAUGGCUCGACUUGGUUCUUUUGAAGUACUCGGCUGCCAUCAACCACUACACCUCCUUCAACCUGACCAAGUUGGACAUUCUUGACGACUUUGACGAGAUCAAGGUUGCUGUCGGUUACAAGGUCGACGGCAAGGAGGUCCCCUCUUUCCCUGCCACCAUCGACGCUCUGUCCAAGGUCGAACCCAUCUACGAGACUCUGCCCGGAUGGAAGUCGGAGAGCACCAACAUCAACUCAUACGAAGCUCUUCCCGAGAACGCCAGAAAAUACAUCGAGUUCAUUGAGAAAUUCACUGGCGUUGGUGUCAAGUGGAUCGGUACCGGUCCUGCCAGAGAGGCCAUGAUUUUCCGAUAGAUGAUAAGCUGAGAUGCCCUCUAUUUUGUACAUGAUGGCAGAUUGAUUGCCCAAGAUUUGAAAUUAUGGGGUGGCUUUCGUGAUCUGGUAUCAGGGAAUGAGAAACGCUUUAAGAAGGGUCACUAUAGACACAAAAUUCCUUAGAAAGACCUCUACACAGAAGAUUCCUCUAACGCC